CACCGGAAGUAUCGUGUGUUUCGGUUUUGUACAUGGAUCUAUUGUUUGUGGGACUCAUACGAAGUGUUGCCGCAUCAAAUUAGGCUUCAAAGGAAACAUAACCAACAUGCCAUCCAAAAGUAAAGACGAGCCACAGUCCAAGAGGCUGUUUGUGAGCGAAGAGGGGGAGCCGUUGAACUUCUAUCUCAGACCAGGCCCCAUGAAACGAGAGCUGGUGCCGCUAAUCAGAGCUGGAGGAGGUCUGAUGUGUAAUUUCCUCAAAAAAGGCACCAUCCUGCUCAAAGACCCAGAGGAGAGGGCAUCUCUUCCAAAAAGUACUGCUCACUUGUAUGUGUCAACGAGGUACAUUCAGGACUGUAUUGAGAAGAAUGAAAGGCUGAAUAUAGAAGAGUACAGACUGAUUCCAGAAUCUCCAAAUUUGGCAAAAAAAAAAUCAAAGAGCAAAGUCGACUCUCCCGCCCUUUUAACAGGAAGAUCUGCCUACACCACUGAGGAAGACAAUGCUAUUCUGAGUUAUGUGAGCAAACACAAGAAUGAGAUUGGGGGUAACCGGCUGUGGCAGGAGAUGGCCAAACAACAAGUGACCAGCCACAGCUGGCAAUCCAUGAAAUAUCACUACAGAGUACAGCUGGUGCACAAGCUGUCAGCAUGCAAGCAGGCAGACACGGAAAAUGAAAACAAAACAACAGAUACAGAUCAAACAGAAACUGACAGUAAAAGUACAUCUCCUCAAAAUAUCCCAGUUGAGGCAGAGGAUCCCGAGAACAUUUCAGCAGAGAUGGACCUGACACAGAUUUCCGCUGACUCCCGUGAGGAACAGGCAGAUGUAGAACCAGCCAAAUGCCAUAACAGUGAUUCCAUGGAGACUUCUAAAUCUGAAAUCGAUGAGACGCCAGAACAACAGCAAACUAACAGCUCUGCUACUGAAAAAGAUGGACCAACAGAAACUACUGCAAAAACUGUCCGAAACUCAAAUGACAAAUCAUCACCCAAAUCAAUUAACCGUCCAGUAACAAGACGGCAACUUGAAUUAGAAAAUAUCCCAUAUGUGAAAAAACUCAGGUCAGGAGCAUUCCCUGGUAGCCUAGUCAUAUUGCCACAACAUUCAGACAGAUCCAAACCAGUUUCCAGCACCAAAAGAAUUCAAACAGAAGCUCAAUCACCACCAAAAAAGGUCAGGAGGAAAACUGAGUCCAAUGUAGCAGAGCAAAUUCAAGAGGAACGUGAAAGUGGUCCAUCUGAAACGACACAAAUAGAUGAAGGAAAUAGUCUUGUACCUCAACCUCAAUCUACAGAGAAGAAAGCAGAGAAGAGGAAACUUGGCAUUCUUGAGAUGGCUACUAAAGAAUUUGAAGAGAAUAGUGAGUCUGACUCUGAUCUUCAGUGUGAAACGCCAGGACCAAGCACUUCCAUAGAGGCAGUUAAAGGUUCUUCAAACUCUGUGGAUCCAUCUCCUUCAAAUUCAGAAAAUCAAGAAAAAGAUCCAGCCACCACACAAGCUGAACAAAAUCCUCAACCCACCACCACAGAUACUGCUACGACUACUGCCCCUGCUACUGCCCACAAUGAUGCCAGCGCCUCUGAUCCUGCCAUAUCAGAGGUAACCACAAGGGGCAAUCCUCCAACUGAGCAGAUGUCAUCAAAGGCCCACCUGUUUAUAUUUGAAAGUGAAUCACAGGAGCUGGAGGAGGACUCAGAGGUGACCACAAGAGACAAUCCUCCAACUGAGCAGGUGUCAUCAAAGGCCCACCUGUUUAUAUUUGAAAGCGAAUCGCAGGAGCCGGAGGACGUCUCCCAGUCUCUUGUUGGUUCCAGUUCAUCCGCUGCCAUCCCAACGAAUGAACCUACAAACUCCCCAUCACUGACUCAGGAGCAGCUGGAAGAAGACGUCCAGCUGCUCAGAGAGUUCAUGAAACACACCAAUCAGAACUUAAUCAACGUGACCAAAGCCCUUCUGCAGGCCAGUGGAGACCUGUUUUUGGCCUAUGAGAUCCUCCAGAAACCCUCGUCAUUCUCUGGACCGAUCUGGACUCGGACUGAUGAUCAACGUUUGUGUUCCACAGACCAAGAAGUACGACAGGAUCUGCUGACCAAGUAUGGUGAAGAGGCCUUGGCCAAAAGACUCCAGUUUCUAGAGAUUGAGGGAUGAAGAGUUGGGUGUAUGAUUUUUAUGUUGUAAAGUAAGACAAGGCCAGGGUUUACCAUUGACUACAUUAAGACUGUACAACAACUAUACCGCUUUGUUGAAAUCGAGGUCUGCACAAUUUUUGAAAAAAAAAAAAAAAAAUCGAACUGUUAAAGUAUUUUAGUACGAUAAAAGUAGGAUUCCUCUCAAAGUGCUCAUUGUAAAUAAGUCCUGGAGCAAUAACAUUUGAGAGAAGAUAUGAAAUAUGAACUGAUGAACUAAUACAUUUCGUACCAAAAAAGACCUUAUCCUUUGCAGAGAAUGUUGUUCAAGCAAUAGUAAUAGUAAUGUUUGUAAUGAUAAUUGUACCAACUCAAAUUGUGAUUUCUGGUUCUAGCUCUAGAAAGCUCUUGAGUUCAGUAUUGUGCUCACCACAAUUGGUACAAAAAACAAAAUGCCUGUUAAAGAUAAAUAUUUUAGCUGUAGUAACAUUUUUUCUUUUACUAUUCUUAAAUUGUAUGUGUUGUAUCAGCGAAAGAAUAUUGUUUUUAAAAGUAUACUUAUAAUAAAUACGCUUUUACUACUG